CCAGUGCCUUUGUGCAAAGGAGUGAAGAUAGAAGAUGCAUCUAUCGUUACAUUGCAGGGCUGGAUGUCGGAUGGUCAUCUUACUAGUCAGGACUUGGUUGAGUGCUAUCUAGCAAGAAUUGAGAAGACCAACAGGCACGUCAAUCCCGAUGCUAUGGAGAUUGCAGCGCAGAUGGACAAGGAGCGUGCCAGCGGUGAGGUCAGGGGACCACUCCACGGCAUUCCAUUCCUUGUUAAGGAUAAUUACUACACUGAUGAUAGACAUAACACCAGUGAAGGAACGCUGGUUCUACUUGGUGGAAGAUACUCAUCCGAAGCAACGGUUGUCACAAAGAUACGAGUUGCCGGCGGCGUACUGCUUGGCCACACAACCAUGUCCGAGGCUGCUGAUCACCGCGCAACCUCCAACUACGCUAGCGGUUAUUCGAGCAGAACGGGACAAACCAGAAACCCCUACAACUUGACACAGCCUACCGCUGGGAGUAGCUGUGGCUCGGUCGUUGCCGUGAGAACCAACCAGGUGGCAAUUGCACUGGGCACAGAAACAUAUGGUUCUCUCGUCCAUCCGGCUGCACAACUGGGAGUUUAUACUGUUAAGUCGACCCCAGGCUUGAUUUCUCGUCACGGCGUUGUUACUGGGAGCUAUUACCACGAUACCCCAGGGCCAUUGGCUCGCUCAAUGGAAGACGUAUCGAUCAUGCUUGAUAUUAUGGUCGGCCCUGACCGUUAUGACAACCUCACAACCGAGGCAAUUGGACAUGAUCCUGUGAAGGGAUACUCUGCAGAGGUGGUUGGCAAGGAGGCUCUUCGCGGUAUGAACCUAGGGCUUCCGUGGAAUCCCUUUUGGUCGACGGGUGCAGACUACGAGAAACGUAUCCAGGAGCUGAAGGAUGCUGGGGCUAAGAUCUACAACAUGACACACAAUGCAGGACUAUCGCAAAUCGUAAACCCCUAUGGCGCCGGCCAUCCCUCAGACCUCGCACCUGAAUUUAACCAUGCAAUUGCUUUCAACACACUGCUUGCUGUCGGGUAUGGCGAGUGGCUGCAAAAUUGGACAUUCCCAGAAGGUGACGAGAGACAUGGCAUGAGUUCUCUAGCGCAGAUGGCCGAAUGGAACGACGCCAAUAAUGCAACCACAGGAGCGUUGGGAAACAACACUUGGUGGUGGGAUCCUAAGACAGGCCAAUCCUUCUACGAUGCUGGGGUUGCCACAAAAGGCAACCUUGGUACCGCAUUCUGGACAUCGUUUGGCUGGGGUCGCUUUACGGCACGACAGGCUAUUGAUAAUAUGUACAGUUAUGUGGGAGAAGACGGAACUAUCCUUGAGAUGGAUGGGGUGCUAGUGCCAAAUGGAAGAGACGGAAAUAGGGGAAAUGCAUGCGCUCCCUUGCCAUCAUAUGCAGGUUACCCGAUUGCUGCUGUGCCUACUGGAGCAGAUGACUACGCAACUCCAUAUGGACUUUGCAUUUAUGGAAGGCAAUGGGAGGAAGCCAAGUUGGUUCGAGUGGCAUCGGCAUUGGAGGACCUGUUCCAAUGGAACGAGAAGCCGCACUAUUUCAACUACGAUACAGCUGAGCGCCCUUGGGACGCUCCUUAUCCUGGCUACACUUGUUCGGAAAGCAGCCUAAAUGCCAGGCAGUGCGAACUCUAA